ACAGUUCCAAGCUCCUUAUGGAGCUGGCGUCAGCGAGUCUGACUUGAGCCCCGCCCCCUGGUGCCUGCGGGCGCUCGAUUGGUCGAAGAUUCUCUCCAGACAUCUCCUGAAGAGCUGCCAUGUCUGGGAAUUUUACAUCUUCCUCAGAACAGAACAACAAUAGCUGUGAAACCAAAACCUCAAGUCUUCGAAUGUCAGAGAAGAAAUGUUCGUGGGCAUCUUACAUGACCAACUCUCCGACUCUCAUCGUUAUGAUUGGCUUGCCAGCCCGGGGCAAAACCUAUGUGUCCAAGAAACUCACACGUUACCUCAACUGGAUUGGGGUACCCACCAAAGUGUUUAACCUUGGGGUGUAUCGGCGCAAAGCAGUCAAGUCCUAUAAGUCCUACGACUUCUUCCGGCACGACAAUGAGGAGGCCAUGAAGAUCCGCAAACAGUGUGCUCUGGUGGCCCUGGAAGACGUUAAGGCGUAUCUCACCGAGGAGAGUGGGCAGAUUGCGGUGUUUGAUGCCACCAAUACCACUAGGGAGAGGAGGGACAUGAUUUUGAACUUUGCCAAGGAGAAUUCCUUCAAGGUAUUCUUUGUGGAAUCUGUCUGUGAUGAUCCCGACGUCAUCGCUGCCAACAUCCUGGAGGUAAAGGUGUCGAGCCCUGACUACCCUGAAAGGAACAGGGAGAAUGUGAUGGAGGACUUCCUAAAGAGAAUUGAGUGCUACAAAGUCACCUAUCAACCCCUUGAUCCGGACAACUAUGACAAGGAUCUUUCUUUCAUCAAGGUGAUAAACGUGGGCCAGCGAUUUUUAGUGAACAGAGUCCAGGACUACAUUCAGAGCAAGAUAGUCUACUACCUCAUGAACAUCCACGUCCAGCCUCGCACCAUCUACCUUUGCCGGCACGGAGAGAGCGAGUUCAAUCUCUUGGGGAAGAUUGGGGGUGACUCUGGCCUCUCGGUGCGGGGAAAACAGUUUGCUCAGGCUCUAAGGAAGUUUCUGGAGGAACAGGAGAUAGCAGACCUCAAAGUGUGGACGAGCCAGUUAAAGAGGACUAUCCAGACCGCUGAAUCCCUGGGGGUGACCUAUGAGCAGUGGAAGAUUCUGAAUGAGAUUGACGCUGGGGUGUGUGAGGAGAUGACCUAUGCAGAGAUUGAGAAGCAGUACCCAGAUGAGUUUGCACUUCGAGAUCAAGAGAAAUAUCUGUAUCGAUAUCCUGGUGGGGAGUCGUACCAGGACCUGGUGCAGCGGCUGGAGCCCGUCAUCAUGGAGUUGGAGCGUCAGGGCAACGUCCUCGUCGUCUCCCACCAGGCCGUCAUGCGCUGCCUCCUGGCCUACUUCUUGGAUAAGGGUGCAGAUGAGCUACCGUACUUGAGGUGCCCUCUCCAUACCAUCUUCAAACUUACUCCUGUGGCCUACGGGUGCAAAGUGGAAACAAUUAAACUCAAUGUGGAGGCUGUGAACACUCACCGUGACAAGCCAACUAACAACUUCCCCAAGAAUCAAACCCCUGUAAGGAUGAGAAGGAACAGCUUUACGCCUCUGUCCAGUUCGGAUACGAUAAGGCGUCCAAGAAAUUACAGUGUUGGGAGCCGGCCCCUCAAGCCCCUCAGCCCUCUCCGUGCCCUGGACAUGCAAGAAGGGGCCGACCAGCCGAAGACCCAAGUCAGCAUUCCGGUGGUGUGACCGUGUGUUUCCCUCCAGCCUUAGCCUCCUGCCCUUGUUUCUAAUCACUAGGGAAUCAUUUAACUUCCAACUUCCACCCUUGACCCCCCACCAUGGGUCUUAACAUAGAACGUGUGGUCAUGUGUUUCCAGACCAACCUAAGCUACUCUGCAGUGUGAAACAUCUCCCUGCCAGGGGCAAGUGGACGAGUUGGGUGUUUUGGGCCAGGUGCUCAGUUGGAGUGGUCUGGAGGAGGAGGAAAAGGGAUGCACUCCCCUGGGGCGAUUGGCAUAGCUGGGGCUGAGGCUGAGGCAUGCCCCAUAUACUUGGUUCUUGUCUGUCCCCCCGUGUCUAAACUCGCUAAUGUCCUUGUGUUGGUAAAGUGGGUGGCGGGGUGGAGGGGCACACAGAAGCCCGUUUUCCCUUCACCUUUGUCUCUUCAAGGUGUGCUUGACUCACAGUCCUUACUUGCCUGCUUUCUUCCCAUUCUCUCAUCGCCCCUUUGGGUUGUCCAGUGUGGUGCAUGGCGUUGUCAUUGUGGUGUCUGUCGGAGGGAAGGGGCAGUUGGUGAGAGAGAAGUCUAGGCUCCGUUGAUGCUCUCUGCAGUGGGCCUAAAUGGAUCUGGACCGGGGAAGCCAUUCUUUUCCCUUCUCCCUUCCUCUCAAGCCAGGUCCUGCUAGGGUCAGCCCAGGCUACGGAACAUUCACAGAUGCUCUGGAGCCUGCAAGCAUACGUGGGGUGAGAGUUCUUGCCUCCUUUCAUGAGAAACAGUCCUAAGUCUUGGAUGCCCUGAGGGAAGCUGGCUUUCACUCUGGGGGAAACAUCUUGGUUUGUAUCCUUCACUUCAGAGCCAGGCAUAGGCCUUUUGGCGGCUGUGGAGUGAGGUUUAGGAGAGGAGGGUGGUCUCUAGCUCCUGCAGGGCUCUCGUAGGGUAGUCAUGUCUUUUCUCCAGUGGCUCCCAGCUUCUCUGCCAACCACAGCAAGUUUCUUGUCAAAGACUCUGACCUCUGGAGCUGUUUAGAAGGACAGAGUUAGAUUCAGGAGUCACCACUGAUGUUUGAAUUGCUCAAGGCAAAAGGCAAAGAGUUCCCUCGCGAUGCUUAUUAUUUUCCAGUAAUUUUCAACACACUCUCCUUUUUAAGUUAAAAAAGUCUUUUUGCAUGAGCAGUUUUUUUUCCAAAUAUGGAAAAGCCUCCCUGGAGUAUUCUUUUGUCUCAUCUUGAUGUGCAGAGGAGUCUUUGGGAUGCUGUGGGGUCCAGCUCUUCACCGUGUGCAUUUACCUAUUCACUUCCGUCAUUUCAUUUUCUCUGUAAGAUUCAACAGGAAAUGUUGAGAGCAGGGAUUCUUAGCCCCUUGGGGGCCCAUGAUGGCAUCUCCUCCCCCCCAAAUUUGUAUGCAAAACGUAUGGAUAUAUGUUUUAUCCAUAUAUAUGGAUAUAUGUACAUUUUUCUGAGGCAAGUCUAGAGUUCUCAUGAGAUUUUUAAAAGAGAUAGAGGACUCCCCAUAUUCAAGUUAUCCAUUUGUCUGUUAGAGGUAACCAGUGAGAGCAAGUUAGCUAUUUGCCACGGGUGUUUUUGUUUGGUAACAGAAGACCUUUUGCCAUCGUUCUCAUCUAGGAGUAUCUUUAGAAUCCCCUUUAGAACUUUUGAAACAUACACAUGCCUGGGUCCACUUUAGGCUUAAUAUUAACUCAGAAUCUCUGGGAUUGGGGUCUAGACACAUGUCUGUUUACAUAGCUUCCCUGAUGAUUCUGAUUCUUACUCCAGGUUAGAACUCCACUUUAUGAGGUUGGGUGGAGAAAUACUGGGAUAGUUCCUUGGACAAAGUGUCAACCUAAGAAUUCGGAAUUCCUCAUGGCUCUGAAACGGCAAUUGUCUGGAGUUAGACGUUUGAGCAGAUCACAUUUUAAAUAAGGUGUCCCCUUGAAGGCAGGCUGCUGUGUUUUAGAGGGUAUUCUAGGCUCUGGUCCCAUCUUUAACCUUUAUGUUGCAGGGCAAUGUGGAACAAAUCACUACAUAAAUAGUUGUCCUUGAGUAGUAGGGGAAUUUUAAGCACCUUGGAGAGAGGUACUGAGAUAUAACCUAUAGGUGAUAAAGGUUAUCAUCACUGGCAGCUGACUUGUGACCCUGAGUUCUUUAUUCUUCCAUGCUGAGUGGGACAUCACAGCUAGUUUCCAAAGGCUGCUUGCCUAGAUUCUGCUCAAAAUUGUGUCCAAGAUGUAAAGUACCCUGCUGUUUCUAUGUAGCCGUUACGUAAUGUGUGCUUAGUGUCUUUGUUUGUGGGCUUUGGGCUGGGGGGAGUUGGUGGUGGGGGAAGCAUACACAGAAGUAGAAGAAAUGUCCCUGCCCUGAAGAAGGUUAUUUUAGAGACAAGGCAUAUAAUUUAUAAUAAAUGAAUGUUUGAAAGAGCAGCACAUCGAGUCUGUAAGUGUGGACAUUCAAGUGGAGUAUAGAUUACCUCUCCUGACUUUUCUUUUGGCCUAUGGCUAUGAGACUGAAAGAGUUGGGAGGUGGAAAUGUCCCCGCCCUUGUGACAAUGAGCUAUGGUCUAGGAGGUCUGGGUGGCACUUUUACAAGGUUGCCUCCUCUGACUUUGCUUGGCUGGUGGUAUCUUUAGCCCAAAUGAGCAUUCAUCUGGUCUUUUCUCCUACUGUGUAGUGUGAGUAAUUCAGAGCUAAUGAAUGAGAAGAAGGAGCAUUUUGAGCCAAAGACUUUGGAUUUGGGCUGUACCUACUCUUAGUGAGAGGAGAAUUCCGUAACGAACUGGCAUUAUGUUACUGUUAUAAAUCCCAGCAUUAGACACAGGUCUCUGGGAUGUCCAUUCUGGCCUUCAGCCUGCUGAUUAUUUCUCCACUGUCCCCUGUGCUUGUUUGUUUCCCCAGAAGAGGGGCCUGAGGUGUCUUAUUAUUCUCACACAGGACACAAGAAAUUAGAACUUGACAACAGCAAGGGUUUCAGUAUCUUUCAGUUUUUAGAGCCAGGGGAAUACAGAAUAGAACAGAGCUCUUACUGCAAGUUUUAGAGAAGUCCUACUUCCUACCUUUUCUUUCCUGUGCUCCUCUCACCGCCUUCUUAUUGACUGGAUGUUGGUAGUAUAUACACAGUGCUGAUUAUGUCUGUAUCACAAAUCCUACAAAGGAAGGAUGGACUCCAGAGUACCUUGUGCUGAGGCUUUAUGUUAUGGGAGAAAUAGGUGAAGGCUUUAGCAUUUUAUCUGUUGGUAUAAAAUGGGCAAAGGAAAAUCACUGUGUAUUCUAUUUUCUUUUUCUUGCUUCAGAGCUGAAUGAGGAAUUCUGUGACGGACUUGAAAGAGGAAUCUAAAGCAGAUUUAGAGAACUAGCUUCUCUUCCUGUCUCCUAAUCCUCCAACUGGAGUUUAGCUCCUACUUUUUAUGUGUGUUGUCUUUGGUUUUGUUUUCGUAAGAGGAUUGUUUUACAUUCAGUGGAAAGUGGAAUAAGAAAAUCUUUUUAAAAUAUGCAUUUUGCUAGGGGUCUGCCCUAUAUCAUUGUCUCUGGUUUCUGUUUUUCGGUUUUUUGAUUUUUUCCCCCAAGAAGUUAGAGUUAGGAAUACAAUAUAUUUGUAUUCCGACUGAACGGUUGAGUGUUUCCUGUGAGGUUCUGAGUGUUCCCUUUUGCAACCCACGUUUGAUCUUCAGAGGCCCUGGCAUUUUGAAGAAACGUGAUAGAGCUCUUUGGAAAUAAAUCCAUCUUAGGAUUUUUCUGUGAGCAGGAGAUCUGAGCUCCCAAGAAGCUAACUGGUGCUUGGGGUGCCCAAAGGACAUGGGAGAAAAUGUCUAAUAAUUGAGAGAACUAUAUCUGGGUUAUAUAUUCUUAUGCACAUUCCAUUGUCUUUGCUCAGCCCAGAAGCCAUUGUUGUGUUUGUUUUCAAGAAAUUUGAUAAAUUUAGCCAGGUUUUUCAGUAUACAUUUUGACUUGUUUGUGUUUUAGAAUAUUUUAAUUUUAAAAAUAUGUAACAAUUGAGUCAGGCUGCAACAUUGGCAGGAGUGAUCUCUGACUUCCCAUAGAGGUGACACAGACAUCAGAAGUAUGUCCUAGAAUUUAAUUUAGACUCAUACUGUCUGGAAGACCAUAUCUAGUAGUAUCUAUAUGCUGACUGACUGAUAGACUGGGGUAGGGUCCCUAUGCUGACUGACUGACAGACUGUAGUAGGGUCCCUGUGCUGACUGACUGACAGACUGUAGUAGGGUCCGUGUGCUGACUGACUGACAGAUUGUAGUAGGGUCUGUGUGCUGGCUGGCUGACUGACUGUAGUAGGGUCCGUGUGCUGGCUGACUGACUGUAGUAGGGUCCGUUUGCUGACUGACUGACAGACUGUAGUAGGGUCCAUGUGCUGACUGACUGACAGACUGUAGUAGGGUCCCUGUGCUGACUGACUGACAGACUGUAGUAGGGUCCCUGUGUUGACUGACUGACAGACAUGUAGUAGGGUCCGUAUGCUGACUGACUGACAGACUCUAGUAGCGUCCCUGUGCUGACUGACGGACAGACUGUAGUAGGGUCCCUGUGCUGACUGACUGACAGACUCUGGUAGGGUCCCUGUGCUGAAUGACUGACAGACUCUGGUAGGGUCUCUGUGUUGAAUGACUGACAGCCUCUAGUAGGGUCCCUGUGCUGAAUGACUGACAGACUCUAGUAGGGUCUCUGUGCUGACUGACUGACAGACUCUAGUAGGGUCUCUGUGCUGACUGACUGACAGACUCUAGUAGGGUCCUGUGCUGACCGACUAACAGACUCUGGUAGGGUCCAUAAGCUGACUGACUGACAGACCCUAGUAGGGUCUGUGUGCUGACUGACUGACAGACUGUAGUAGAGUGCCUGUGCUGACUGACUGACAGACUCUAGUAGUGUCCCUGUGCUGACUGACUGACAGACUCUAGUAGGGUCUCUCUGCUGACUGACUGACAGACCCUAGUAGGGUCCGUAUGCUGACAAUCUGAUUGGUUUCUAAUUAUACCAGUUGGUAGUGUAUGCACAUUAUUGUAAUUCUCUGUCUAUUGCAUGUGUCCUACAAAGAAAGGAAGUAAACACUCUACAUGUUUUCUUUAGGGGGAUGUUCUGUGCACUAUGAUUUUUAAUAGACAUUUCUUUGAGAGUAGCAGCCAAAUUCUCAUUUUGUAGAAAAUGAAGGUUGUACAUCACUUGUAUGAUAUUUUGUAAACUCAGCUGAAGAAAUGCCUGCUCAAAGCCUGAAAUUGUUACCCCCAUUGAAGCCAUGCCACCACUCCCCACUUCAGGCAGGACUUCACUUUCACCAUCCGUUUCUGAACCUCUGUGUCCUCAGCGUCCCUCUUGUAGAAUGUAGCAUUCCGUUGGAUAAUGCUGCUGUUUUUAGUUUGCCAUGCAUUUGGCUCUUACUCAUAAUCUAAUAAAUAAAAGUGCAAAGGAAAUUUUGCAUUCAAAAAUU